UGUCGCCUCUCCCUGUCAUGGCGGAUAAUUUAAUCUCGCCACCCCCACAUGCUCUGUUUUUAUAUUGCUUCCUCCUCACUGUACCCAUCCCGCCAUGUCCUCUCCUCUGUCUCUCUCUCUUUGAGCCUCCUUUUUCAACCUAACCUUUGACGCUGUAGCUCGAGAGCAAGCAUAGUGCCUAGUGCCUACCAGAUUCUCUCCCUGAGCGGCUGAGCUCUGCCGAUCCGCGAUAGGCUCGCGCCAUGCAGAUGCUCUGCGACGUCUGCGCCGCCGCGCCGGCCGCCGUGAUCUGCUGCGCCGACGAGGCCGCGCUCUGCUCCGCCUGCGACCGCCGCGUCCACCGCGCCAACAAGCUCGCCCACAAGCACCGCCGCAUCCCCCUCGCCCAGCCCUCUGGCGACGAAUCCGACGCCGACGCCAAGCCGCUCUGCGACGUGUGUAAGGAGCGGAGGGGCCUCGUGUUCUGCGUGGAGGACCGCGCCAUCCUGUGCCCCGACUGCGACGACCCCAUCCACAGCGCCAACGACCUCACCGCCAAGCACACCCGCUUCCUCCUCGUCGGGGCCAAGCUCUCCGCCGCGCUCGUCGACGCCCAGGCGCCCCACUCCCCUGACGACGACGACAACGACUGCGGCCGCGGCAACGGCGCCGCCGCCGAGCCCGACGCUGUCCCCGCCGUCUGCGCGCAGGGCUCCUGCGCGGCCAAGGCCUCGUCUCUUGAGUCCGGUGGCGGCGGCGGCGGCGGCAGCGGCAGCGGCAGCAGCAUCUCCGAGUACCUCACCAACAUCUGCCCAGGCUGGCGCGUCGACGACCUCCUCUUUGACGACUCGGCGUUCUCAGCGGCAUCGAAGGCCGACAGCUGCGACGACGGGCACGAGCAGGUGCCGUCCCUGGACGCCGACCUCUUCGACGUGGUGGCUGGCGCCGGCUGGCCGGGGAAGCGCGGCAGCGCGUGGUCAGGAGUCGGAGCUCUGGGCUUCGACAAGGUGCCGGCCUCCGUUGUUGUCGUCCCGACGGCGGCCAAGCAACAGCAGGGGUGCGUGAGGGAGAGGACCUGGGACUCGGACAGCGACAGCGACGUGUUCGCGGUGCCGGAGCUCCCGCAACCACCGCAGGCCAAGAAGGCGCGGCCGGCGCCGGCUCCGGCGCCGACUUUCUGGUGCUUCUGAGCUGCACUGUCCCAGUCCGGUCCGGCCGGCCUGUGUGCACUGUGUACUAGGGAUGGCAAUCGGGCGGGUAGUACACGGAUAUAUAGUUCGCGAAUCCAUACCCACGAGACAAAACUCAACCCAUACACGUACCCAUAAACGUUCGUGGGUAUGGAUCUGUAUCCAUACCCGUACCCGUCGGGUAUCCGCUAUCCAGUGGAUACCCGUUACCCGCCCGCCCACUACAAUUUUAGCAUUAAACACCAAACAACAAUUUUAUUAUAUUUCAAAAUAAUUAUCAUUCUAAUAGCAUUAAAUGAUAAUUUCAGCACCAAACAACAUGUUAUGGAUAAAAGUUGAAAAAUAAGAAUUUAUGAUAAUAUAUAAAUCUGGAUGGCCCACAUGUUAGAUAUCCAUUGGGUAACGGGUAUGGAUACUGGAUAUCCAUACCCACGAAAAAAUAUCCGCGGAUACCUUAUUAUAUCCAUAACCGUACCCGCGGAUAUCAAAUUCCACCAUACCCAUAUCCAAUGGAUAAUUAUCCGCGGUUAUUUACCCAUACCCGUACCCAUUGCCAUCCCUACUGUGUACUUGCCGUGACUUCUGUAACCAGUGUGUGUGAGCGAGCUUGCUCGUGCUUUUUACCCAUGUACUGUUGUUACUGCAUACACACACACACUUACCACUACUAUUAGUAGCUAGCAGUGCUCAAACCCAAGUUAAUUAAGUUUGGCGCAGUUUAUAUUAUGACUUAAUCAUGAGGUGAUAUUGCUGUUACCGUAUUGUAAACUGCCCAAAGUUACGUUUCGAACUUGUACGGGCUACAACACAUGUUUUGGUGCUACAUAUUUGACACAAAA